CAUCAAAGCGAGUCAACGUUAUGGCGCCCGGCGAGCGGUCUGAAGAGGCCUAUCUAUGGUUCUCCACCGUAUGCGAAGCUAUCCAAGAGAUCCCUUCUGGAAAGGUGACCUCAUACGCGCACAUCGCGAGGCUGGUCGGAAAGCCUCAAUGUCCAAGACAAGUUGGGGUUUGUCUUAAACACCUGCCAGCUGCAUCUACCGAUCCUGGCAAAAAGUCCCCCAAAUGGCACGAUGGGAACGUUCCUUGGCAGCGCGUGAUCAACGCCAAAGGGGGGAUAAGUCCAAGGGGACCUAGCGGUGCUGCUCGACAGGCCGCCGCCCUUCGGAAAGAGGGCGUCGAGGUGACGCAGAACGCCAUGGGCGAGUUUCUGGUCGACUUCGGGAGAUACGGAUGGUUCCCAUCGGUCUUGCCCAGCGAGGCUAGGGAAGCGGAGAGCAGCGAUGGAGGAGACGAGGAUGAGGAUGAGGAUGAGGGUGAGGACGAGGAUGAAGAAGCAGCAGACGCCGCAGCGUACCACACCUAAGGCAUCAAGCUAGACAGCACGGGCAUUUGCUUCACAUUGUCAUGGUAUGCUGGCGCGGCAGGUUCCUAUUGCAACAGGGCGAGUGAUUGAUGGAACACAAGCGGCUGUGAUAAGAACAUGUGCCAUAGGACCGGUUCCCGUAGGCAGUCAACAAGAGGCCGCGCAUGUCAACAUGCCGCGGGGAGCGAUGAGCGAUGUUGGGGGGCCGAUACGUAGGCAGAUAGCCAGUUGCCGGACCCGAGACGGCGUGUUAGAGGGUCCACCGAAUAGGGAGUGGUAUGGCAACGCGUGCUUGCAGACGCCCAUGUCACAAUAUCAACAGGAGCAAUCUAGAGCGAGGGGCGUGUCGAGAUGAUUGCAUCCGGAUUGCGACAUGGACGACCUCACAAUUGCGGGGAACGCCGGAGCACAGCUACAAGGCUGAUGCACGCCGCACGCGAAACCAGCUCAGCCUCCAACCACAUGCCC